UUUGAUCACAAAGAUAAACAUCAUCUUAUUUCACGCCAUGGAAUGAUCAUGAACUUUUUACUGAUUUGGUUUGUUGUUUUUUCUUAUAACUUUGAUGGGAUCACCGCCCAAGCUUGGAUAAAUGCUCAUGCAACUUUUUAUGGUGCCAAUCAAAGCCCAGCCACCCUUGGGGGGGCUUGUGGAUAUGACAACUCCGUCCAUGCUGGAUUCGGGGUUCACACCACUGCAUUGAGUGGUGCGUUGUUUAGAGGCGGAGAAGCAUGCGGUGCAUGUUACAUGGUGGCGUGCGACUAUAAACUCGACCCGAGAUGGUGCCUUCGCGGGGCUUCUGUGACCGUUACAGCCACCAACUUUUGCCCUCCUAAUAAUAAUGGAGGAUGGUGCGAUCAACCUCGCCAUCACUUUGACAUGUCCGCUCCUGCAUUCCUUCGCAUCGCGCGUCAAGGAAGUGAAGGAAUUGUUCCCGUCGUGUACCAAAGGGUUUCAUGCACGAGAUCUGGUGGUGUACGAUUCACAUUAAAGGGUCAAUCGAACUUCAAUAUGGUAAUGAUCUCAAACGUGGGUGGGAGUGGCGAUGUCAAGGCCGCUUGGAUCAAGAGCUCCUUAGCUAGAGCCUGGGUUCCCAUGCACCGCAAUUGGGGUGCGAAUUGGCAAAGCCCUCAAGAUAUCCGUAGCCAGGCAUUGUCGUUUAAGUUGACGUUGGUUGAUGGGAAGACUAUUGAGUUCGAUAAAGUUGUUCCUUCUUCUUGGAAAUUUGGACAAACUUAUGCUUCCGAAAACCAGUUUUUCUAAAAAUACAUUGAUUUAAAUAAUAAGUAUAUGUCGUAAAUAUUGACUAAA